AUGGCAAGAAUUUCUUCGAUGGCGAGAGCUUCAUCCAGCUAUGUGAAAAUGGACGGGAGAUGGAUUACCAAGUGGCCAGUAGCUGCAGAAGGUAUCGUUGGAAAUGAUACAGUACGACUCGGAGCGAUAGGAACGAAACAGCUUGUCAAUCCCUACCACCGCGUUCGGUCAAGCGACAAAACAGAAGUCGAUGGCGUCAUGGGAUUGGGACUGCCUAUGGGUGCAGCUGGUGGAAUCACUUCUCCUGUCAAUCGCGCCAUGGAUCUUCAUCUACUGGAUAAAUCUUUAUUCACUGUCUACAUGAAGACAGCUAAUGGUAAGAAA